AUGCCUAGUAUCCUCAAGGGUUUCCUACUGGCCGUGUGGAGACGAGCAGGAAGGAACAGUACCAACAGACCCCUGGUCGCCAAGAGCGCCGUAGAUAGCAAAAGCGAUGCGUAUUCAUUCAUAUCAUUCUACUCCGCAACCGUGAUGACGACUAUUGUGUUCAUCCAGAUGGCCUCAAAUUGGUCAUCACUGAUGAAGAAGAUAGUCAACUCUUCAUUGGACAAGUACAUUGAUGUCACUGUGCAGAGAAGGUGUUAUAUCACCACCAUGAUCAUGUUGGCUUUGGCUAUAUGUGAGUAUAAACUAUCGUUCGAAAAUCUUCUAUCUCAGAACACAAAAAUAAUGAAUGUCAUCCACUGUUCGGCUGACAACGUAUCCAUAUACGAAACGUUUGUUGAAGUUUCGUUCCCGUGGUUCAAAGAACUGGACUGGACCGUUCCUAUACCUGCUGGAAUUUUAUUGCAAUUUUUCAACGUCACCGCAACUCUAAACUGGAGUUAUUCCGACAUCUUCAUAAUCUGCAUCAGUUUGUAUUUGGCAUCAAUAUUGAAGAAGAUCAACGAAACUAUGGCUCAAGUGGAUCUAAGGUUCUACCACCCGACCUUCUGGUCCAACAUUCGCGAGGACUACACACGGGCGACGCAGCUGAUCGCGACUUUUGACGACAAUAUCAGCGGUCUGAUGCUCAUAUCGUUUGCCAGUAACCUCUUCUUCAUUUGCCUUCAACUGUUCCAUAUUUUGUCGCAUGGAUUGCAAGAGAAAACCGGGAACAAAGCGGACCCAUGCGUUGCUAAUGAAAAGGUAUACAGCUACCUCAUGUACUUCCUCUUCUCCUUGACGUUCGUGCUUGGCCGAUUCCUAGCGGUGUCGAUGGUGGCGGCCAGCGUCAAUACUGCCUCUAAAGCACCAGGACCGAUAUUGUAUGGGGUACCGGCACAUGCUUAUUGCAAUGAGGUACAAAGAUUUAUCGAACAAGUACAUGGAGACAAUGUAGCGCUAAGUGGCCUUCAGUUCUUUUACGUCACUAAAGGACUUGUCCUAACAGUGGCUGGUACGAUUGUGACCUACGAAUUGGUGUUGCUACAGUUCAACGGGGAAGACGCAAAUAGUUAA